GUCCCCUUAUGCAUUUUUAACAGCUCAGCAGGUGAUGGGAACAGUUCGGUGGGGACAGUUUGUCCACAGAUAGAGUGACCGGGUGAUCAGCUGUGAAUGACGUCCUUCAUCAUUGUCCCCGGAAACAGAGGGAUAACAAUCAUCUGCUUCACACCUUAAUUAAAGAAAGGGGACUUUGUCUCUCUGCCAAACAGCUUAUGACCUACCACCGCUUUGCACUCACCUUUGACCGUGCAUGUAAAAACAAACCAGCUGUAGAACCACGUGGUUUUUCCUUUUCUUGGGAAGCCUUUUUGAGGCUUUACACAUCUGAGGUUUACCAGUGAAACAGGAUGCCUGGAGCCAGCGGCGUCAACAUCGAACCCUCCUGUGAGGCCUUGUGUCGAACCCUCGUGUCUCAGAAAGGCCUGCAAAGAGAGACAGCAGAUAUCUCCCAGUCUGUCCUCUACACAUCACUGAUGGGUCUGCUUCUGGUCACUGACAAUGAGAAAGAGCAGCUCACAAUCGGAAGCGGAAGAGUUGGCCUUAGAAACAUUGGAAAUACUUGCUUCCUGAAUGCAGUCGUCCAGUGUUUGUCUCACACACGUGGCCUACGAGACUACUGCUUCUUACUGUCCUACAGGAAAGAGAAAUACUCAAAAGAGGACGCAAAGCUCAUGGAAGCUUUCUCCCAGGUGCUGUCGGGCCUCUGGGAUAUGAAUGAAGGAGACACAUGUGUAAAUCCACGCAAGUUUUACAGUAUUUUUAAAGAAGCAGUGCCUUACUUCAGUGGUUACAGUCAGCAGGAUGCACAGGAGUUUCUCAGGUUUUUAUUGGACAAGCUGCAUACAGAAAUCAACCGUAGACCCUACGUUCGGCGAACAGGGAAGGAACCCGAACAGAAAUAUGCCAGAUUUAGGAUUUCAGAAGAAGCAGCAGCUAUGUGGAAGAAGCACCUGGAGAGAGAUGACAGCAGAAUAGUUGAUCUGUUCUCAGGUCAGCUGCGGAGCUCUCUGCAUUGUUCUGUGUGCUCCCACUACUCCAAUACAUUUGAUGUGUUCUGCGAUCUGUCGCUGCCCAUCCCUAAGAAGAGCUCAACAGGGGAGGUGACGCUGAGGCAGUGCCUGGACCUCUUCUCUCAAGAGGAGAAACUCGACAAGGAGAAUUCACCUAUGUGUGAGAGGUGUAACAGGCAUACAGAGUGCACCAAGCGCCUGUCCAUCCAGAGGUUCCCCCAGGUUAUUGUGAUCCAUCUGAAUCGGUUCACAAUGUCACGUUGGUCUAUCAGUAAAAGCACCACAUACGUGUCCUUCCCACUCACUAACCUGGACCUCGGACCCUACGGGCCUCUGGACUCUGGCCCAGUUCUAUAUAAUUUAUAUGCAAUAUGUAACCACGCUGGAACAGUGAACAUGGGCCACUACACAGCCUGCUGUUCAGAUGAAAAUGGCUGGUGCUUUUACAAUGACUCAAGUGUGACUCCUCUCUCAGAGAACCAGCUUCAGACCAAUCAAGCCUAUGUGCUGUUCUACCAGCGCAGCAACAGCACCACCACAACCACAGUCAGGAAGUAGACCUCAGACUGGCUGAGCCGGAGAACCAAUCAGAACAACUUUACCUCCAGUGUCCAUAGAAACAAAUAGAAGCAGCAGUGCAUCUCUGGUAUCUGUGAACUUCUCAAUCUCAUUAGCUCGAAUAAACUCCAAGGAGGAGGGGAAAGAGGGAAUGCAUACUCAGUUUAAGGGGGGUAAGAGAUGAGCUACCCUCCUAAAUCAUAAAGAAGCUUUUGAAGAGUCUCAAUGUGAGAGUUGAAACAGUUCAGAUGGACUCUGUGCCCUGGUCCUUAGGCAGGAGUUAUGGCUGUAAAUGCACACCAUGAUUGGGAUUCAUGCUAACCUAAACACAAAUAUAUCUGUGGAAGAAAAAAACAUAUCAUGACUGUUGUGACAUAGGACUUGUUCAGAUUGUCUCGCUACAAUUGUAAGCAACAGUUUUGUGGAAAGAAACUUGAAUUUAAGGCUAACUAUCUGUAGCUGUUACUUAAUCUUUAUGCUAUUUUAGAAUCUAAACCCUCCUCCAGGUGGAGGAAUCCUUAAAUAUCAAAAUGGGCUAUGUAUUUCUGUCAUAUAUUCAUAUAUGUAUGUAUAUUUUUUUACAUUCGUUUCUUCUGCUAAUGUACAUAUGGACAAAAACACAUCAUAUUGAUUGUAUUAUUUAUACUUCAGUCAAUAAAUAACAAACAAUGA